AUGGAUGAUAAGGAAGGAGCGAAGAUUCCCUUGAGGCUGCAUGUACUCAAAGAGAAGAAUCAAGUUGUAUUUGCUGAAGCAAACAGUGAUUUUGUUGAUACUCUGUUCAGCUACUUGACACUUCCCAUGGGAAAAAUCGUUCGAAUUUUGAAAACUAAAUGUGAUUUACAGGCGGGGGAUAUUGGAUGCUUCGGAAAUCUGUAUCAAAGUGUCGAAAAUCUUGAUGCAAGUCAUCUUUUGUCUGAGGAGUGCAAACAGAUGCUCCUUAAUCCAGUAAAUGUAGCAGGAGUGUUGUGUCGACGACUAAAAUUAAACAUUGAUGAUACCAGUCCUGCUAAUUAUCGUGUUUGUCACUAUUUGCACUGUGCUAAACCUGAACUUUCACUCAACAGCAUAGCAGCAGCAAAAUGCAACUGUGGACGAGAAAUGAGAGAACCUAUGAAACAACCGGGUCAAAUCCUGAGUCUUUUUCGAAAAUCGGGUCAAGUCCCGAAUUCCGAAUCCGAAAAUAAGCCGAAAUAA